UUUUUACGGUUUCCCACCGAAAUAUUGCCGAGGAUUAAAGGCAAAACCACACGUUUCCCCCAAUUUGUCUAUUCACGCAAUCCGGGUUGCCUAAGGACACACCUCAUCAAUGUUUACGAAUGGUAAAACUUAUUAUUUUCCUCCGGUGUUCAUUGUUUUGUAUGUUUUGUUUGUGUUAAAAUGCUCGAUCAGUCGGACGACUACGACUUCGCCCCCAUUCAGAAUUCAAAACUUUCCGCCCUCUUUGAAACUUCCACAAUUUCACAAGAUUCCAAUGAGAGUUUAACGUACACGGCCCAAAAACCGCCCAAAACAACCAGCAAAAUCAACGAAGACUCCGGCAAAGCACAAACAUCUGUGUUACUAGCCAAAGUUGUAAAUUUAUGGAAAUCAGAAAAUGGCAAAUAUAACAACCUAGGAAAACAUGGCUUAGCUUUUAUAGGGUCAGUUGAGUUAAGGAAGUAUGAAAUGAUUAUUUACAAGGAGCGUAACAAUAUACUACUACGAAUAAAUUUGUCCAAACCCUUAAACAUUACAAUUCAGGAUGAACACUUUUUUAUGUUCUAUGACUUUAGUAGUCAGGCUUGGUUAAUAAAGUUCCAGGAUGAGGCUGAAAAAAAGGAUUUUUGUUCAAAGUGUUCAGACUUUAAUGUCCACUUUAGUCAACAUGAAAAUAUUAAUGUGACAAAAAAAGAUGAGGCAGAGACAAUAGAGAAUAAACAAAAGCCUGAUGUUGAGUCCGACACAGAACAAAGCAAAGCAGAAAUUUUGCAACGAAUAACUAAAAUGGGCACCCAAUUAUUGCCUAAACCUGUUGAAAAACAAACUGUAAAUAAUGUAACUGAUUUUGAACCAAAAAUAGAACAGAAGGAAACAGAAAGAAGCUUAGCACUUAGCAACAAUUUAACACCAGUCAGUAAUUAUCAACUGCCAGUUAAUAAUUAUCAAACACCAGCAAUAAUAACACAUUCCUCGGACCCACUAACACUGUUGUUGACCCAAAAUAUUGAAAUGAAAUAUGCAUUAACUCAAUUAAGUGCGAAAGUUGAUGGAAUUUCUUCGGAAUCUGGAAACAGUGGAAACUCACAGUCCAAAUUAAAAGUUAUGGAGCUAAAACUGGAAAAUUUACAGUCAGACUUCCAAGUUGUUAAUAAAAGAUGUGAACAAUUACAGCUAGAAAACAAAUUGUUAAAGGACCAACUAAAAGAAGAAGUAAACAAACAUGAAAACACAAUUAGCAGCCAAAAUAAAUUAAUUGAAGAGGCAAAAACUGAAUUAGAAGCCAAGGUACAAAAGGAAAUUGAACUAAAAUCACACUGUGCGGGUCAAGAAGCAAUAAUAAAAGAUCUCCAAGCAAAACUGGAGAGUUUACAACACAAAUGUGACACAUUUGAUGCAGAAAAGCAACAGUACACUGCCAGUAUUGAUAAAUUAAAUGAACAAAUUAUUAAAUUACAAUUAACUAAGUCACUAAGCCCUGUGACUGAAAAAAAUAUAGGCUUGUUGAUAAAAAAACACAUGAAUGAGACCUUUGAAAGUAUCAUGAGUUCAUUCCAGUCCAAUCAGAGCUUUGAGACAGGAGACGUACAGAAAAUCGUUGGAAGGGGCAUCAAAAAGGGCACGUUGGAAAUACUGCAAGCUUUGCCCGCCUGUUUGAAUUCUUCCCAAGACUCUCUUCUGUGAUAAUUUUAUAAUCUGUUUAAUUUUAGGUUAUGUAUUUGUUAAUUAAAUUAAUAAAGUUUUAGCUACUGUUUA